AUGUCCUCUCUGCGCACGUUCGGGCGGGGCCUCGCUCCGCUGGAGCAGCUCGCCGGAGCCGCGCGCCAGGCGGGUGUGGUAGGCCAGCGUCUCUUUGCCUCCCAGCCAGCCCCGGACGCGGCCAGCAGCGCCAACAACGGCGCCGACGCGCGUCCCCCUCCGCCCGGCUCCCUGGCGGGCCCGGAUGCCCUCAGCAGGCUGCGCGCCCAGCUCGAGGGCGGCCCGGACCUGGCGGACUUCAUCCGCGGGACGCCCGUGGGCACGGCGGGCGCGUACAGCACGGAGGCGCCCGGCUGGAAGGACCGCCGCCGGAAGCCCGACUGGCUGAAGCGCGAGAUCAUGCCGGGCGGCGACAACUACACGCGGAUCAAGGCGAAGCUGCGGUCGCUGAAGCUCUCCACGGUGUGCGAGGAGGCGCGCUGCCCGAACAUCGGGGAGUGCUGGGGCGGCGCGGAGGGCACGGCGACGGCGACGAUCAUGCUGAUGGGCGACACGUGCACGCGCGGGUGCCGGUUCUGCGCGGUGAAGACGUCGCGCGCGCCGCCGCCGCUGGACGAGAACGAGCCCGAGAGCGUCUCCGAGGCCGUCGCGGAGUGGGGGCUCGGGUACGUGGUGCUCACGUCGGUGGACCGCGACGACCUCCCCGACGGGGGCUCGCGGCACAUCGCGCGCACGAUCUCGCUGCUCAAGUCGAAGACGGACGACAAGCUGCUCGUCGAGGCGCUCGUGCCGGACUUCUCCGGCAGCGCGGAGGACGUCGAGCGCGUCGCGCGGUCGGGCCUGGACGUGUUUGCGCACAACGUGGAGACGGUCCCGCGGCUGCAGGGCGCGGUGCGGGACCGCCGCGCGAACUGGGAGCAGUCCGUGCGCGUGCUGCGGAUGGCGAAGGAGUUCGGCGCGCCGCUCACCAAGACGUCCAUCAUGCUGGGCUGCGGGGAGUCCCCCGGGGAGGUCCUCGACGCGAUGCGGCUGCUGCGCGACGCCGGCGUCGACGUCGUGACGCUCGGGCAGUACAUGCGCCCCACGAAGCGCCACAUGGAGGUGGCGGAGUACGUGUCGCCCGAGGCCUUCAAGGGGUACGAGGACGCCGCCAUGGAGAUGGGCUUCGUGUACGCCGCCGCGGGGCCGAUGGUGCGGUCGAGCUACAAGGCGGGCGAGCUCUACCUCGAGGAGUACCUCAAGAAGCAGCGCGGCGAGGCCGCGACCGCGUGA